AUGAACGGCGGGAAGAGCGAGCUGCUGCGGUCCGCGCGGCAGAGCAUCAUCUCGUGCAGCGACCGCGAGGCGAACUGCACGGCGCGCAACACGGAGACCCUGGCGCUGUCAGCAGCAUCCGCGUGGAGCGGCAACGGCUCGGCGGUGGAUGCGUACCGGCUCGUGGAGCUCCAGCUUCCCGCCUCGGCCGCCCCAACGGUGGCGAUGGCGCCCGAGGUCCCGCACCCCUAUCCCACGGUGGACGUGCCUGAUCACGCCCACUACACCAUCGGCUCCGUCAUCCUCGCCAUCGGCAUCACCGGCAUGGUCGGCAACUUCCUGGUUAUAUACGCCUUCAGCAGGAGUCGCAGCCUGCGGACACCAGCCAACAUGUUCAUCAUUAACUUGGCGAUCACAGACCUCCUGAUGUGCGUCACCCAGGCGCCCAUCUUCUUCACCACCAGCAUGCACAAGAGGUGGAUCUUUGGAGAGAAAGGCUGCGAGCUGUACGCCUUCUGCGGCGCUCUCUUCGGAAUCUGCUCCAUGAUCACGCUGACGGUGAUCGCCGUCGACCGCUACUUUGUCAUCACGCGGCCCCUGACCUCCAUCGGCGUGUUGUCACGGAAGAGGGCCCUCCUCAUCCUCAUGGCAGCCUGGGCCUACUCUCUGGGAUGGAGCCUGCCGCCAUUCUUCGGCUGGAGUGCCUAUGUCCCCGAGGGCCUGCUGACAUCCUGUACGUGGGACUACAUGACCUUCACCCCGUCGGUGCGAGCGUACACCAUGCUGCUCUUCAUCUUUGUCUUCUUCCUGCCGCUCUUCAUCAUCAUCUACUGCUACGUCUUCAUCUUCCGCGCCAUCCGCAACACCAACCAGGCGGUGGGGAAGGUUAACGGCAGCGUUCACAGUCACAGCAGCACUCGAGACUCUGUGAAGAACUUCCACCGGCUGCAGAACGAGUGGAAGAUGGCGAAGAUCGCUCUGAUCGUCAUCCUGCUCUACGUCGUCUCCUGGUCGCCGUACUCCACCGUCGCUCUCACCGCAUUCGCCGGGUAUGCAGACAUGUUGACUCCCUACAUGAAUUCUGUGCCCGCCGUCAUCGCCAAGGCCUCGGCCAUCCACAACCCCAUCAUCUAUGCCAUCACACACCCAAAAUACAGGAUAGCGUUAGCCAAGUACAUCCCGUGUCUCGGCGUGCUGCUCUGCGUUCAUCCUCGUGACCUCCGCUCGACCAGCAGCAGCUUCAUGUCAACGCGCCGCUCCACUGUGACCAGCCAGACCUCUGACAUCAGCAGCCAGCUGAGGCGGCAGAGCUACGGCAAGUCACGCCUCUCCUCCGCCUCUGACAGUGAAUCGGGUCUGACGGACACAGAGGCUGACCUGUCCAGUAUGGGCUCCAGACCAGCCAGCCGCCAGGUCUCCUGUGACAUCAGCAGAGACACCGCCGAGCUCCCCGACUUCAAACCCUCCUCCAGCUUCAAGUCCAAGAUGAAGAGCCACGACUCUGGCAUCUUCGAGAAGACGUCCUUUGACACUGAUGUGUCCGUGGCAGGAGCCAGUGAACGUGGCAGCAUCCCAAAUACGGAUUUCGCAGAGGGCCAUGUGAUGAGAGGCGCGAUUGGUCGAAUCCCGAGCAUCGUCAUCACCUCUGAGUCCAGCCCCUUCCUUCCCAUUGGACGAAAAGGUUCCUGCACUGCGCGCCCCAAGACAGUCAAUAACAACAGCACGGGGUCGGGGUCUGGGUAGAACGCCGCCCUCCUAGAAGACGAUCACCUGCAGUCACAUGACCAGCUCACGUCCAGUCAGAGGUUUAGAAAUGUAGACGGGUUCACCUGAAGCUCAGACACAAAGUUAUUAGAAGAAGUAGGCUAUUUAUUAAAUAUUCGUAGUUCUAGAGAAGUUUAAGUUUUUACCAGAACAAAGAUUUUAGAUGGAGGAUUGUUUCCAAACCAAACCUGGAGCUUUUUGUUUUUGUUACCAAUGAAAUGACAACAUGCGUCAUCACUUAAAGAGCAACUUAACACCUUGUUGAAGCUUGAACAUACACUUUACAUAAAAGAAAAAUGCAAUCCAGUUCAGUGCAAACCCCCACGGCUCUGACAGAUCAUCGCACCAGAGUCCCUCCAAAACAGCUCUGCAUUAGUGAAAAAUAUACAAAGCUAAAGCAGCCAGUGGUCAGGAUCAAGGCUUUGGAAGUUUUGAGCAUCAGACACUUCAUUCCCUGCAUUCAGGUGAAUUUUUAUGUACAAAUUUAUGGUUAUGUAAAGGAAAACACAAAAUUCAGACUAGAGCCUAU